AUCCAACUUCCCUCUCCUAGCCCAGCUGGCAGUAUCUCCAGUCUACUCUGUCCGCAUCUUUGUGAGCUUUGGCCAUUCCCUCACUCUUCCCUGCCAUGGAGCCCCCAGCAGGGAUGUGGAGUGGCGGUUUCAGCAGUAUGAGUUUCCUGACUGGCUGCAUGUGGCCGAACUCUACACCGGAGCCUUUUUUUCUGGAGACGGCUUCCGGGGACGGGUGGAAUCCUUCUACCUAACAGAGCCGGGAAACUACAGCCUCACCCUCAGUCCCGUGGUGUACAGUGACCUCGGCAUUUACAAAUGCCAGUACAAGGAUGAGGCUGAGAUCCCUCUCUCAGAUGUGAAACUAGAAAUUAGAGUCCCAUCAAAUGUUUCCAUAGCGAUGGGAAUGCCCGCCAGUCUUCCUUGCUUUGGGAAAAUUAACACACAAGCACGUGCUGAUGAUCUGGAUAUCCUCUGGAUGAGAGGCGGAGAGAACGUUUACCAGCUCCAUAAAAACACCAUCACAUAUGGGCCCAGGUUCGAGAACAGAACUUCACUUUCCCCAGAACAAGCCCUCUAUGGAAACAUGUCUUUAACCAUCAGACAGGCAUGGUUUUCAGAUGAAGGCGACUACCAUUGCUUCUACAGUAGUCCAAAAGAGAGUGGGAAUCCAGAUUCUGCCAGUCUCUUUGUUACAGGCCACCCAACCCAGAACCUUACAGUGAAGGCCGGUGGUUUGCUCUCCAUACCGCUCUAUGCCGCAGACCCAGUGAGGGUAACAUUCAGUGCAGGCCUUGGUUCAGAUGAGGUGCUGAUAUUCAAUGCAAAUAAAGGCCCAGCCAGGUAUGGGGAGCGUUGUGCUCAGAGAUGUGAGCUUCUGGCCCAGAACUACACCCUUUUGCUGAGGAGUGUGACACUGGAGGAUGCCGGAGUCUACAAGGUGACCGAUCCCGAGACUAAGAAGACUAUUGGCUCAGUCUCUCUGCACGUCUCAGCCCCUCCUCUCUCUACUGGAGCAGUGGCUGGGAUAGUUCUGGGAGUGCUGGUGGUGGUGCUGCUGGCGUUGGGGCCUUUGCUUUCUGGAAGUACCGCAAAGAACAAAAGCGAGCAGAGCCUGUAGUCCGUUACCAAGCAGCCACCUAUCUAGACAAAAAAUGCAAAAAAAGAUACCUCGGUACCAAAAUAGAAAUCCCAGGUGUAAAAGCCAAACUCUCCCUCUGACACCAAUAAACACCUCCUCCAAUAAACCAAAAACCAACCUGGCACAGUUUGAGAGGAGGAGAAUGAAAUUUACUAGUUCAUUUUAAAUAUGCUUUGAAUUGACAUGAUUCUCAAUAAAUACAUUGAAAGAGUAUUUCUGGAAAAAAUACAAUAAACUGAUAUAAAAAUGCAAUAUUUUUAAUAUAAUACAUAUAAAAACAAAAUUAAUCUCAAAACAGUGCCAAAGAUCCAGUUGCCAAAGAUCCAUCAGAAUUGCACUGUUGGGUCAAUCAGUUGCCACUUUGACAAAUUAGACUUUUUGUAACCAGCUCUAAACUUUAAAGUUGUUUUGAGUUUCAAUCAGCACGUUUCAUGGAAGCUACUAAGCUAGUUUUCCAACCCCUUAAAUAAUGCUUUAGGUCUUCUGCAAUCAACAUGACAGUGAAGGAUGGUCUCCACCAUUCCACAAAAAGGACAAUGACCAAAACCUUUUGGAUUAAUCACAGAAUUAAAACAUUAACAGCAAUAGUACCAUGUAGGAUUCUCCACUGGAGAUCACCUGAUGUUCUUCUGACGGGCUUUAUAAAAAAAAUAAACACUAAAAAAAACAUAAGCCAGUCAUAUUUCAAAUUAAAAUGCAAAUCUGAAAUUGCAUUUCAUUUUCAUUUGAUGUGCACAAAAAAAAUCAAGACAUCGUUAAAAUACAAAUGCAACAGCCUAGUUUGCGUUUUCACUGUUAACUUAAUGUAGGGAUUAUGCUUCCAUACCACACUGGUUUAACAUUACCUGGAUGUAGGUUUUCCUCUCAGUGUCUCUUCUUCAAUUUAAUUAACCGUUUGAAGCCUUUACACAACAUCUUUUCAGUGCCUUACUGUUCAGUAUGUACAGAUCUGGAUUUUUUACACUCUUACAUUCGAGUGCAGGUCCCGCUAGACCAUCUAAGUCUGAAGUAAAACCAGGUUCAGGAAAGGGCUCAUCCUUAAUAGUUCCUGCAGUUCAGUUCUCAUCAAACGUCCUGGUUUUUGGUCCAAGGCCUCACUGAAUUAAAGUGAAAUUAAGAAACCUUCCAGUUUAAGCAAAUGCAGUGUUACGUCUCGCUUUGUCCGGCUCGUUUAUAAUAAACGCUCGAACCAAACACAAAGAGAAGCAACCUCCUCACCUCCUCAGGAGAGACAAACCAUAUGACACAGGACACCAUAUCGGGGGCUGGAGACCCUGCAUGCCUAACAUUUCACUUUACUUUUAGUUUGAAUGCAAUCUUCAGGUAGGUCAGUCCUUGCCAUAAAUUAGUCUUACCCCAUUUCCCUUCUCUCCUAAACCUUAACCCAGCAUCACCCAAUCAGGGCAAACAUCCUCAAGCCAUGCUGGGUUAGGUAUUUUAGGAAAAAGUUGGUGUGUUGCGUUUGGUUUCGGAGCCUGAAAGAAGAAGAGUUUUCCUCUUUUUAUUUUGGUGGUGGUUCCUUGGUUGCGUGUUUUUAGUUGGUUUCCUUGUAGCGCUUAUACUGGAAGUGGGUGAUACUUUGGCAAGGUCUGACAAUCCGUUUCUCUCUCUCUCUCUCUCUUUCUCUCUCUCUCUCUAUUUCCUGGUAUUUCUAGAUUAGUUGUUUAAUGUUUUGCUGUAUGUCUUCUGUUGUGUAAUUUAGAAGUGGUGAGCCUGCAUUCAAUAAAUGUAUGUUUUCAAUUCAUUAAUAUAAUUGACUGCUUCUUAUUGAAUUCAAUUAUUUAAUCUGAAAACCUGAUAUACAGCUUGUUUUGACUUGGUUGAUUCCACCAGUUUUCUGUAGACUGACCUAUCAAAGAAUUAGGCGAUUUAAUUGAUCAUUCUAAUUUUAAACAUAAUUUUUAAAUUAAAUCUAAUAAAAUAUAUUUUACAUGUAGGUUAAGUGAGGGGUUCUAGCAUGCAAUAUCACUUGGUUCAGUAUUCAGAGUGCUGAACAUUUUAACAAGGACAUUGACUGUUGGAACCGCUGGAUUCAAGAAAUAAACAUAUUUUUAAUUAAUCCUUGUUGUCGGACAGACAUUAGGCCUAAUUACUGAUUAUGUGGUGAAGUUGCUGAAACAGCUGGACUGUAGCUCUGAAUGUGCUUCAGUGGAUGCGUUAACACUUGAUUUUGCAUCUUUAUACGGCCAAAGAACAGGGCAAAAGUACAUUGUGUUUUAUAAAGGCAGAUAUUCCCAUUUUCAGAUUACAACCCUAACCCUAACCCAGAUCUCAACAAAAUAAUUUCUCCUGGUUCUGUGAGCCCAACAGCUUUCGAUGUCUGAUAUUUGUGUUGUUUAUGAAUCAUAACUACACAGCCAUUUCGUAGCAUUGCGAGAUUCAAGAAAAAGCGUUCAAUUUGAACGAAAAGCUGAAGAAGAGAUGUCUGCUCCAGCUAGCUUGGCAGGCGUGUAGCCACAUGUUGGCAUCGGCCUGUCCCGAUCACAGGUCUCCCCAAUCAAAUGGCAGAAAAAAAAUGUUAUAUUGUAUUUUGGUCAAUUAAAACUCUGGAACAUCAAAAAAAAAAAAGUUACUGCGCGCCAGUAAGUUUGUAAUCUAAAUAAGUAAUCUAAAUGAAGAAGCACAUUCCGAGUUAGUUUGUGAAUUGUUACAUUACAUCACAUUACAUUCAUUUGGCAGACACUUUUAUCCAAAGCGAUGUACAAAAAGUGCAUUUCAUGGUCAUAGACAACUGCUAAACACAGGUUCAGUAAGGUACAAUACUUAUUUUGUACAGCUAUUUCUAGCCAAGAACACAGUUCACACAGUGAACACUAUUCUGACCUAACCUCUACAAAACAAACUAGGCAGAAGAAUAAGCUACAGUAUUAGGACAAAUACAAAUUACGAAAAAGUGCUGGGAUGGGGCAACAUGUAACAAGUGACAUGAAGGGGAGGGGGGGGGGGUUAUUUUUUAUUUUUUAAAGAGUGAAAUAUACAGCGUGGUGGUUAGUCUAGGUAUAGUCUGAAGAGAUGAGUCUUCAGGCCACAGCGGAAGAUGGGUAGUGAGGGGGAGGUUCGGAGAGGGACGGGGAGUUCGUUCCACCACUGGGGAGCUAGGGUGGAGAAGCUCUGUGAUCCCUUUGGUCGGGUGGGAGGGGUUACAAGGCGCCCUGCUGCCGCAGAGCGGAGUGGUUGAGCAGGCACAUAGAAUUGAGUCAUGUCCUGCAAGUAGAUGGGGGAUGUCCUGUUGGCAGCAGUGUAGGCAAGGGUCAGGGCUUUGAACCGGAUCCUGGCGGCUACCGGUAGCCAGUGGAGUGAUCGCAGCAGAGGAGUGACGUGGGAGAAUUUGGGGAGGUUGUAGAUGACCUUGAGGUUGUUGUUACCUCCUCUGCAAUAAAGCCAGUCUGCAGGGAUGGCAGUACCAGGAGCAGACAGGGCAACUGCCAGUCUGCAGGGAUUGCAGUACCAGGAGCAGACAGGGCAGCUGCCAGUUUGCAGAGUUGGCAGUACCAGGAGCAGACAGGGCAGCUGCCAGUCUGCAGGGAUUGCAGUACCAGAAGCAGACAGGGCAGCUGCCAGUCUGCAGGGAUGGCAGUACCAGAAGCAGACAGGGCAGCUGCCAGUCUGCAGAGAUGGCAGUACCAGGAGCAGACAGGGCAGCUGCCAGUCUGCAGGGAUGGCAGUACCAGGAGCAGACAGGGCAGAUGCCAGUCUGUCUUUUAAAUAGUCUCCUGGCAGCUGGUCGUCGGUUCAGCUCUCAUCCUCCCCCUCCUGGUCGAGCCCCACCACAUCUGGUUCCACCAUGUCCCCAUUGCUGCUGAUGCAGAGGUUGUGGAGGAAGGCACAUGUGGACACGACCACCGGCACAAAGAUAGACUUCCCCUGGGAUCUCAGUACAAUUUUAUUUAACUGUGUGAUUUAAAAUCAUUUUAAUCCUUCUUAGUUUGAAUGUUACUGUACUUUUAAGUUUCGUGAAUUGCUUGUUUACGAAUCAAGUGCUGCAUCUAUACAUUGUGCUGUCUGUCGGCUUCACACCGGUGAAAAACAUAAACAUAACUGCGUAUGCGCUUUAUGUGAA